UUAAGUGGUAUAUCUAAUUUUUCAACAGUUUAUUAAAUUGUCUAUCUAUUAUCUAUGUUGUCUAUGUUUAUUGAACGUCAAGACAGAAAGUAGAAAAAUAUAAAUAAAAUAGAAAUAACAUGAGAAAUAUAAAGGAAUAAGGAUUAUUGUGUUAAAAAGUCGAAGUAAAGCGUAGACAGGUAUAUCAAAUAAAAAUGGGAAAUGCAGCUAGUGGUGGAAAUGUUUCAAGAGAACGUCAGAAAUCUGGAGAAAUCAUACCAUCAUCACCUUGUAAGGAUGGGGCCUUCGUUUUUGACAAGAAAUUAGAAAAUAAGCUCGUUUUCCAGGGUUCUCAUGAUGAUGACGAACCGUAUUUUACUAAACCGGUGUCUCAGGAUUUAUCUUAUGAUGGUCCAAGACCCAGGUCAAAUACAAUUUCAGAAGGUACCACUAAAAUUGAUACUAACGAGAAAGCACUGCCCACAGUUUUUCGUUGGGAAGGUGGUGGAAACGAGGUAUAUAUUUGCGGGACGUUUUCAAACUGGAAAACCAUACCGAUGGUUAAAAGUCAUGGAGAUUUUGUAACCAUAAUAGAUUUACCAGAAGGAGAACAUCAAUAUAAGUAUUUUGUUGAUGGAGAAUGGAAGUAUGAUCCUUGUCUUAAAGUUGUCGAAAGUGAUGCUGGAACAAAAAAUAAUGUGGUAUCAGUAAAAAAGUCUGAUUUUGAAGUUUUUCAAGCUUUGGCUAAAGACAGUGAAUCACAGAAAGCUGAUAUGCAAACUGAAUAUUCACAAGAAAUUCCUCAGAAUAAACCAUGGGAGAAAGUAUCAGGCCCCCCUAUUUUACCACCACAUUUACUUCAGGUUAUUUUGAACAAAGACACUCCAUUAUCUUGUGAACCAACUCUUUUACCAGAGCCAAAUCAUGUUAUGUUAAACCACUUAUAUGCCUUGUCAAUCAAGGAUGGCGUAAUGGUUUUAAGUGCUACACAUAGAUAUAGAAAGAAGUAUGUUACUACUUUGCUUUACAAACCCAUUUAACUGAUUCUGUUUGUUUUGUCUGCAAAUUGUUGCUUGUUUAUUUUGUUUUUAUAGAUGUGAAAUUUUUACAGUUUAUCUUGUCAUGUUGACUACGUAAAUUUUGAGGUGUCAUAUUUUUAAGAAGCAAUGUAUAUUUUAUUAGUGAAAUGUAAAUAUAGCUUUAAAAAAAAUACAAUAAAAACUUGUUCAUUUAUACGACUAA